AUGAAGAUUGUUUCCACCAACAAGGCAUAUAUGAAUUUCAGGAUGAAUUUCAUAGCUUUGUUGAUCAACUCGCUGAUAGAAUCAAGCUCUUCAGGAAAAGCAAACACCAACCCAUUAUACUACAUAACAAGCAAGACGAAAAUAGAAAACAUCGACUCGUGUUCUUAUCUGAUAGACUGUUUGGUUAAAAACAAACAGUCUUUUGAUCCAUCAAAUCCAACAAGCAAUUUUAAUGGACCAUCUGCUUAUUUGGUGUUGCUUUAUUUAGACAGAAUCAAAUCUGAUGUACUUAACAUUGAAAGAACACUUACGGGACAAGAAAAUGAGAAUCUUAAAGGAGGAGAGGAACAGCAACGAAAAAAUAAAGAUAAGGGAGGUGAAGAUAUUAAAAUAACAGAUGGUGAGAAAGAUGAAAAUGAUAAUAAUGAUCAAGGUUUGGAUUACAUGAAUUUGAAUGAUGAAGGUGUUGAAAAUGAAAAAGGUGGUGAUAAUGAAGAACAAAAUGUUGAAGGAGAAGGUGUGGAGGGGAUGAAUAUACAAGGGAAGAAUGCUAAGAAAGUAGAAGAAAUAACUGGUGAACAACCACAAAGAGAUGGAGAAGAUGUUGAGAAAGAUGAAAAUGAUAAUAAUGAUCAAGGUUUGGAUUACAUGAAUUUGAAUGAUGAAGGUGUUGAAAAUGAAAAAGGUGGUGAUAAUGAAGAACAAAAUGUUGAAGGAGAAGGUGUGGAGGGGAUGAAUAUAGAAGAGAAGAAUGCUAAGAAAGUAGAAGAAAUAACUGGUGAACAACCACAAAGAGAUGGAGAAGCUGUGGAGGGGAUGAAUAUAGAAAGGAAGAAUGAUAAGAAAUUAGAAGGAAUAACUGGUGAACAACCACAAAGAGAUGGAGAAGGUUUUGAUGACAUUAAUUUGCAUGAUGAAGGUGUUGAAAAUGAAAAAGGUGGUGAUAAUGAAGAACAAAAUGUUGAAGGAGAAGAAGAUGUGAACAAAACAAUAACAAACGUUAUUGAAAGUAUUUUUGAAAACACAUCAGAGUUUAGCAUUACCGAAAUGUUAAAUGAUGAUGAAUUCAAUUCGGUUUAUGAAAAGACCAUGAAAGAAUACCAAGAUAAAAAAGAAGAGAGUAUGAUGCCCUCAUAUGAUCUCAAGAUAAGUCAGUUGACACCUCCAGAGAUGACAGAGAAUACUGCUGGACAAAAAAAAGAUGAAGGUGAAAAAGAAAAUCUGGUGAAAGAUGCGCUAGAUCCAAAAGCGAAGACCCACCCAAAACAAAAUGUAACUCUGGAACAUCGGAAACAAAGAAAGAAAAAACCAGCCGAAGUAAGGAGAUCUCCAUAUAAAGAGAGAGCAAUUUGCUUGAAAACAAAAUUAACAAAAGAAGAGGAAAUGCUUGGUGAAUGGUUGUUCCAUUUGCAGGGAACUGAAUAUGAUCAGUUGUUAUUCACAAUAAACAAAAGAGUUGUAUUCCGAUAUGUAUUUGAAAUUUUUUUUCCCGGAGAAUAUCUAUUUCCAGAUGUCAUAGACUCAUGGUCUGAACUGUUGAACUACAAUGACAAGGACCGAGACAUUAAUAAUUCUCCAUACAGAGUUUUCUUGUCUGUCCAAAUCACUACAAAGUAUAUUGAGGAUGAGCAACUUCCUAAACCAAAAAAAGAUGACAAAAGGAAAAAGAUUGACAAAAAAGUAAAAGAACAAAUGGAAAAGGAAGCAAAGGAGAAAGGCGAGUACAGAUACAAUCUAUUCAAAAAAUACUUUGUAGAUUGGUUCAAUGGAGAUGAAGAAAAAAUAAAAUUGAAAGAUGUUGAUUUGAUAUUCUUCCCUGUUUGUCGGGAAGAACACAUGUUUCUCUACAUUUUCAACAUAAAAAAUCCAAACAUUGUCAUCUUGGAUAACAGCAGAUCAGACGCAACUGUUAAAGGAAAAUACAUGGAAACGUAUAUGGCUCAACCAGAAUACAAAACUGGAUUCCCAAAGGAAGGAGCUCAAGAUGCACUGCUUGAUUUGGUGAGAACCAAAUAUGCUCAUGCAUUGAUAGAUUCUGAGAUUAAUUUCAUGAAGGAUGAUGUCAUGGAACUUGCACAUGAGUACAACAAACAAAAUAAAGAGAAGAAAGAAAGCGAUCAAAGAAAUGCUUGUGCAGAAAUCCAUCAAAGGUUGAGUGAUUGCCAAUAA